AUGCCGGAUCACGGCCAUGUCUACUACAGCGACGAGCUGAACAUUUCCGACGCCGUGUUCCCCCUUCAAACCACUCAAACCACUCGCGUGAUGCACCUGCUCGAAGACCUGCAUUUCUUCAAGUCGCAAAAGAUCGCCUCCAACCUGGACUCCAAUGCCCACGCCUACUUCACCAUGAACAUCGAGCGCAUCGCCUGGCUCAUCGCCCAAAACUCCUUCUGCGCCGAGUACGAUUCCGACAAGCACGAGGCUGAGUUGAACGCGCACUUCGACGCCAUCUACCACAAAGCUCUCCACUGCCCUCUCUUUCAUCCUCGCCCGGAGACGACAGUCCAGCAUCAAUCAUUCCAGCCCUUUCCCCCGCCGCUACCGCCAUCACCAGCCGUCGACCCUCCUUACACCCCUCCGGACCUGAAGCGUGCUCAGGACAACGACAGCGACACCCCUCCGCAGCCGCCGCCAGUCCCAAAACGCUCUUGUCGUCGCAUCCGCACCGACAUGCCGUACGUCUUCGAUCGAUCCGACGACGACGUUUUCUGGAGGAUGCUCAACGUCGGCGACGCCGGCAACACCGCUGAGCCCAACGAGCCCUCUAUCGUCCUACCCAUCCCUAAUGCCUCUCUCGCCACCCCUGGUUUCAUCACGCCCGUCUCUGACGCCGUCCACGACUCCGACUCCGACACCAUCUGGUCGCCCGCCGCCAUCUACCGCGCCAACGACAUGCUCCUCCGCGCCCUCUUCCCCGAACAAUUCACCGACAUUCCCCUCCCCCCGCACCCAUCUCCAUCUCCAUCUCCAAACCCCUCAACGACCAGCCUUCCUAGCAUCUUCAAAGUCGACGGCUCAACUUCUCCGGCCUUCCCUCUCAACCAGCCUACAUCUACUAUCAACGCUGCAGCUACGGACGAUGAGGAGGUGGAGACGGAGCAUACGAGCGCCGCUCCGCCGUGGGAUGGGGACUGGGAGGGCGAUUGGACUUCUUUCUUUGAAGAGGCGUUCUUCCGUGUUUGA